AAAGCAAAUCAAAAUGUAAUUAAAAAAUAUGUAAAGUUCAUGAUUAAUCUGAGCUUGACAUCUUCUUUGGACAUACAUGUCCAUGUCUGAAAUCUGCCAUGCUACUUUCGUGAAGCACACUGAGAAAAACCUUCCUUUUCCUCAGGAACUCACAUCGACCCAUAUCCAGCAACUCUAUCUCUUACAGAACAACACAUUACACUGAAACUUGUAAACAUGUCUUGUAACUUGUUGUGAGCAACCCCAAAAUUUGUUUUUCCAUUUUUUUUCACUCGUCAAGAUUUGCUUCUCUUGUUUCCUCGGGAAAAUCGACUCUUGUGCUUUUAAGGCACUCUUGUGGUUUGGCGUGUUGUCGUCAAAAGAUAGCAACUUUAGCGGUAUUGGAGGGUGGAUUUGUUGGUAGUUGUUCUGGGGUGAUGCCAUGGCAGAGAAGGUUGUGGUUUCGCCCCAAUGGGCUCUAUGGUCCAUUCCAAUGCUUCAUUGGCGUGUUGGGUUGCUCACUGCUUUGGUUUUGCUUGGAAUGGUUGUGGUUUGGAGCAUUGAUGGGUGCACAGUAAGGAGCAUCUUUCAAGCUUGGAGGUAUCAACAGGACUAUCUUGCUGUAAGGUUUCAUUCUCCUAAUUUAACCCUCGUCUCUCCGUACAGUGCUGUGAACUUCACUCCGUAUGAAAAGUUAGGCGAAAAAUCCCCUCUACUUGAGGGGCACACUAGUUGGAUUUCAAGUGAGUUAGAACCCAACUUCACUUCAAAUCUCAUAGCUAGAUGGUCAGCUCGUGGAGGCAUACCCUGUGAAGAUUCCAAGGCUGUGGAGAUUUCAAUUCCUGGGUUGGAUGGUGGGGAGGUGAUAGAGCUUUCAGCUGGUGAUGUGCAUGAAUUUAGUUUUCAAGCACUGGAUGAUUCAGGGAAGCCUCGUUGUUUAGGUGGGGACUACUUUGAGGCUGAUCUUUCAGGGGAAUCAUGGAAAUCUAGGCCUUUGGUGAAAGAUUUCAGCAAUGGUUCUUACUCAAUCUCACUGCAGGUUCAUCCAGAUUUUGAUGGGGUUUACAAUCUCACUAUAAUUCUGCUCUAUAGGCACUUUGAAGGUCUGAAGUUCACCCCAUGGAGGUUUUCUUAUGACCGAAUGCUGCGAAAUUUUGCAAUCAGAUUCUACAAAAGCGGUGUUCAGCUACCGGAGCUGCAGUCUUGCAAGGCCUCAGAUUUUGGCAGGGAUGUGUGGAGUGGAAGGUGGACAAGGCAUGGAAAGAAUGAUGACUGCACCAUUGGAAAUGAUGGCAGGUACCGGUGCCUUGGGUCGGAUUUUCCUUGCAAAGCUCCUUGGUGUGAUGGUUCCUUGGGAAUUCUAGAGAGUAAUGGGUGGGUGUAUUCAACUCAUUGUUCAUUCAAGUUGUAUUCAGCUGAGUCUGCUUGGAAAUGCUUGAAGAACAGAUGGAUUUUCUUCUGGGGCGAUUCAAAUCACGUCGACACAAUAAGGAACAUGCUCAACUUUGUGUUGGACUUGCCCGAAAUACGUUCUGUUCCCAGAAGAUUUGACUGGAACUUUUCCAACCCAAAAGACCCUUCUCAAAAAGUUAGGAUCACAAGCAUCUUCAACGGGCAUUGGAAUGAAACGCAGAACUAUCUGGGGUUGGAUUCUCUGAGAGAUGAAGGGUUUCAAGAUUUGAUAAAGAAGUACUUCUCAGAAGAUACGGUUCCUGACACUGUGAUCAUGAACUCUGGCCUGCAUGAUGGCGUGCACUGGCGCAACAUAAGAGCAUUCUCUGUCGGAGCAGAUUAUGCAGCAUCCUUUUGGAGAGAUAUUAUGAAGAGAGUGAAGCAAAGAGGGUUGGCAUGGGGAAGAGUGUUUUACCGGACUACGGUUGCAACUGGUGGAUAUGCAAGGUCACUGGCUUUCAAUCCUAACAAGAUGGAGGCUUUCAAUGGUGUGUUGUUGGAGAAAUUGAAGGAAUCAGGAGUUGUGUCUGGUGUGAUUGAUAACUUUGAUAUGACAUUUCCAUGGCAUUUUGAUAACAGGUGUAACGAUGGAGUACACUAUGGAAGAGCUCCAGCAAAGAUGAAGUGGAGAGAUGGCCAAAUUGGACAUCAAUAUUUCGUGGAUCUUAUGUUGUCUCAUGUUCUUCUCAAUGCCCUUUGUGCCAGAUAGCAUUUGAACCAACCAAACCAUUUUUUUCUGGGUUGAAAACUAUUAAGGUUGGAGUAUUGUUGUUUCUAUGUAGUUAGAUUUGUAUUCUUUCUUGCUCAUAUAUUUUUGUUUGAGUUAUGUAUACGUGAGAUUGUUCCACUUGUAGAUUAGCAGAAGAUUUUAUUAACUCCUCAAAACACAUUUUACCAUCUAUAUGAUAUGAUCAAUAGUAUCAUUCAAAGAUUGUUCUUUUAUUUUGAAUA